AUGGAUUUAAGGAAGAUCUCAGCCGUUGGAUUUGAGUCUGAAGUGAAACAUUGUACGUCUAAGCCUAAGUCCAGUAUCAACAUCUCCCUAACGCUCUACCAAGACACCACCAUCUCCUGCAUCCUCACUGCAUUGGUUCUGGUUAAACCAAAUAUGGAAAUGGUGUGGGACUGUCUUCAAGAGCUCGGCGCUGUUAGCCAUAUGGUCGGACUUCUGUUUGAACUAUUGGUGAUUGUCCCAAUGAGAGUCCCAGUAGAUGAAAGCCCUGUCUUCCACCUGUAUCAUGACUGGGCUCUUGGCCUCAUCUUCUGGAAGAUCUGGACUAGACUGGUAAUGUUGGAUCAUUUGCUCCCAGUAGUGGGUCGUAGCUGGAGAGCAAAGUUUAAGAGAGUGAGAGACGAUGGCUUCUCAAAGCUUCAAAUGUUAUGGGCACUCAGAGAGAUUGUAUAUCCGAUUGUGAUGAAACUCCUAACAGCAUUGUGCGUGCCUUAUGUCCUGGCGAGAGGAGUGUUCCCAAUUCUCGGAUAUCCGCUAGUUGUGAACUCUGCGGUCUACAGAUUUGCUUGGAUAGGUUGUCUCUCGGUGAGGCUCUUCUGCUUCUGUGCAAAAAGAUGCCUUGUGUGGGUCUGGAAACUUCACAACUCCAUCCGUGAUGAACGUUAUGUCAUCGCUCGGAGACUCCAUAACUUUGGGGAAGCUGCUUAA